CAACCACCUGCCACAGAAAGAAAUAAAAAUGGAAAUGAGACCCAGUCUUCCAAAUACCUAAGCCGGUAUGUCAUUUUAAUUGUGUGACUGUCACUAUCUGUUCUGCUCAGCUGUGGGCUUCGACUGCUGCUGUCAUGCUUGGGAUAAAGGUGUAGCCGCUUAAGGGGCUUAUGGGCUUUGUUGACUGAAAGGGAACUGCUGCAGUUUGCAAUAAGUUGGCAAAUACAUUGAGUCGCUCUUGCAUGCCCUUUUUCCUGAAGGAAAGGUGGAGGCUGGUCUCAGCCCUUCAGCUUUCCCCAUGUGCCCACGCCGAGGUCGUGAGACAGUGUCGGGGGUGUUGGGUGGCACCUACAUCCAUGUUCCAAGUUCCAGCAGAGGGGCAACGUAGAAAUCGAGCAAUGUUGGAAUAAGAGUGCUUUAAUGUAUUUUUGUCUUCUGGCAGCAGAUGAACAAGCACUAUUGCAUGUUGUGUUUAACUUUUAGCUCCUUUUUUCCCCACAAACGUUUUUAGAAAUUUGAAAUGCAGUUAUUUUAUUUUUUACGACUGCGGUUUUUCUGAAUGCGCAUUAAGACUUGCUCUCUGUUUCGCCUGUGUGUGUGUUCAUGUCCGGCCCGCCCCUGCGGCCCCGCGAGGCCGCGGCCGCCCCCCACGCGUUGCCGGGGCAGCGGCGGCGGCGGCGGCUCCCGGCGCCAUGAGCAGGAAGCGGAUGAAGUUAUUGGUGGACUCGCUGACCCGAUCCUCCAAGCACUUUAACAAAAGCGAAGUGGAAUGUCUGGUGAACCUCUUUGACACGCUGGUGGCCAAGGCCAGCAGCCACUUUGCGGGGGCCGGGUUCGACCGCACCGUGUUCCGAGACACCCUGCACAGCGCCUUUGGCCUGACGGAUGAAGUGAUGCUGGACCGAGUGUUCAGUACUUUUGAUAGAAGCAACACUGGCAGCAUCACUGUGGUGGAAUGGGUGGAAGGCUUAGGAGUGUUACUUCGGGGGACACUGGAAGAGAAGAUGAAAUACUGCUUUGCCAUUUAUGACCUGAAUGGUGAUGGAUACAUUUCAAGAGAGGAAAUGUUUCAAAUGCUGAAAAACAGCCUUCUCAUACAACCAGCAGAUGAAGAGCCUGAUGAGGGAGUUAAGGACUUGGUAGAGAUAGCACUGAAGAAAAUGGACUAUGAUCAUGAUGGCAAGCUUUCUUUUAUGGACUUCGAAAAAGCAGUCAGAGAAGAAAGCCUUCUCUUAGAAGCCUUUGGACCAUGUUUGCCAGACAUAAAGAGCAUUAUCGCAUUUGAACAGAAAGUUUUCCGGGAAACUCCUAAAUAAGAACUCCAAGUUGUAACUCCAUUGCUGAGUACUGUUAAAAGGGGUCUUUGUCUUCACCAUUCUUUGUGAUACAGUAAAAACAGUAAUAA